ACGGGGCCCGCCCGCGGCUGGCGGCGGCGCGCGGCCGCGUCCCCGUGGCCGUGAAUGAGCGCGGGGGGCGGGAGCGGAGCGGGAGCGGAGCGGGCGGGCCGCGCUCCCACCGCGCUCCCACCGCGCCGCGCCCCACAAAAGUGCGGGGCUGCCGCGGCCCGGGCCAGCCCAGCCGCUUCCCGGGCCGAGGGGGCGCGGAGCAGCCGAGCCGAGCCUCGCUGAGCCUCGCCUCGCUGAGCCGCGCCGAGCCGAGCCGCGCCGCGCCGAGCCGCUGCGGGGGGCGCUGCGCCGCGCCGGGUUUUUUAUUUCCAAUUUUUGAUCGCAGCUGCAUUUCCCUCCCCCCGCCCCCCCGCGCCGAGGAGGAGCCCCGGCUUUAUGUGGUGCUGCCCGGAGAGCGCUCGGCGGCCGUGAAGUUCUUUGUGUCGCCGUCGCCUUCCGUUUUUUUUUUUUUUUCUUUUUUUUUCUUUUUUUUUUUUUUUUAAAUGUAUAACUUCAUGGGUCUGAACAGCACGGCCGUAGCUAUUCAGCCCAAUGUGUCCUGCACAUGCAACUGCAAAAGGUCUUUGUUCCAGAGCAUGGAGAUCAGCACUGAAUGUUUAGGUCGCACCUUUCCAGGUAAACUGGCGGAGUUGGAGUUUGUACAGAUAAUCAUAAUCGUGGUGGUGAUGAUGGUGAUGGUGGUGGUGAUCACGUGUCUGCUGAACCACUACAAACUCUCUGCGCGAUCCUUCAUCAGCCGGCACAGCCAGGGGAGGCGGAGAGACGAGAACCUCUCAUCAGAGGGAAGCCUGUGGCCUUCGGAAAGCACCGUGUCGGGGAAUGGAAUAACAGAGCAGCAAAUCUACACCCCGAGACCCAGCGACCGCCUGGCAGUGCCAUCCUUUCUGCAGAGGGACCGCUUUAACAGAUUCCAGCCAACCUACCCCUACAUGCAGCACGAGAUCGACCUGCCGCCCACCAUCUCGCUGUCGGACGGCGAGGAGCCCCCCCCGUACCAGGGACCCUGCACGCUGCAGCUGCGAGACCCUGAGCAGCAAAUGGAGCUCAACAGAGAGUCGGUCCGGGCCCCCCCCAACAGAACCAUCUUCGACAGUGACUUGAUAGAUAACUCCGUGUACGGGGGGCCGUGCCCCCCCAGCAGUAACUCUGGCAUCAGCGCGACCUGCUAUGGGAGCAAUGGUAGGAUGGAGGGACCGCCGCCGACGUACAGCGAGGUGAUAGGGCACUACCCCGGGUCGACGUUUUACCAGCACCAGCAGAACAACAACGGGAUGCCCUCCAUCUUGGAGGGCAGCAGACUCCAUCAUUCACAAAUCAAUGGCCUUGAGAGCACAACCGCGUGGAACAAAGAGAAAGAGAAACAAAAAGGGCACCCCUUUUAAAAAAAAAAAAAAAAAGAAAAGAAAAAAAAAGGAAAAAAAAAAGGCAAGAAAAGUAAAUGAAACACUCUGCACUUCUCAUUAAAAGAAAAAGGAGAGAGAGAGAGAGAGUUGAGGAAGAUGAGCAAAGAAAAAAAGCCCUUCCCCAUCUCUCCAUGUAUAAAUAUUUACUUGUUAUGUCUGGUCUGAAUGCACAAGCCUACCAAGCUUGCAAAAACAUUUCUUUAUUGAGCUGUGUCUAGACGUUUAAAAAGGAAAAAAAAAAAUCAACUGUAGUCUUUUUUUUUUGUUUGUUUCUAGUUGAGCUGUGUGUGAAUGCUUUUUUUUUGUUUGAUUAUUUCACUUAUCUUUAAAGACAAAAUAUUUGCACAAAAAACAUUUUGUUUAAAGAUCUGCAAUAUAAAUAUAUAAAUAUAUAUUAAAAAUAAGAGAAAGUGUAUGUGUAAGGAGCAGGAGUAUUUUUGUAUUAGAAGAGGCCUAUUCAAAAAAAAAAAAAAAGUUGUUUUCUGAACUAGAAGAAAAAUGGCAAUUUUUUGAGUGCCAACUCAAAAAGCGUGUAUUACAUUGUAAAAAAACAAAAAACAAAAAAAAAAUCAAAAGCAGGGGUUUAGAGUUAUUUAUAUAAAUGUUGAAAUUUUGCACUAUUUUUUAAUAUAAAUAUGUCAGUGCUUGUGUUGGUCAAAGCCUCUAUCAUGUCUACCAUGAACCUGUUAAGGGAUAUAUGUCAAAGUGAAGAACAAAGUAGCUGGAAGGGGGUGGAGAAUCGCUGAAGUGGAGAUGCCAGCCCCGGGAGCGGUGAGCGAGACUGCAUCUUAUGCAAAUCCUUAAUUUCCAGAGUCCCUGCGCGUGGCCGCCGACAGUCACGGCGUUAUACAUUCCCUACAAAGCAAGAGGAGUCGGGGUGUGUCUGUAUGUCAUCCGGUAGGAUUAUUGGAGUAAAAAGGUAAAAUAAAAUCUCCCUGCUUCUGAGAGUCAGUAAUGACUGAAGCAGGCAAAAAUUACUUGAUUUUUUAAUUUUUUUUUUUUGGGGGGGGGG